GAAACUUCCACUUUCGAAUUUCAAACUGCGGCCGGGGCAAUUUUGAACUUGAUCUUCUUCACGUCCAACAACAGACAAUUUUCGUCGUCAACUCCUAUCAAGCAUCCUAGAGGUAUGUCAACAACAUUCAGUCGGCCUUCAGCUAGCCUUAGAUGAGCAAUGUGAAAUGUGCGAGUCGGAUUGUAGCAUUUCCGAGUCGCACACUUUCAGAUACGCUCAUCUUCUGCGACACGAGCUGAAGAACCCUUGAAUGGGCACUCUUCCUGCUCGAGGCUCCUGAAGACUAACAUUUCACCUCGCAGACACCUCAAGUCCUCGUUUUCGCGACUUGAGAAUCUCCAUCCUUCAAUACCGCCAAAAUGGUCCGCACCUCCGUCCUUAACGAUGCUCUCAAGAGCAUCAACAAUGCCGAAAAGGCCGGCAAGCGUCAAGUCAUGAUCCGACCCAGCUCCAAGGUCAUCAUCAAGUUCCUCUCUGUCAUGCAGAAGCACGGCUACAUUGGCGAAUUCGAGGAGGUCGACGACCACCGCAGUGGCAAGAUUGUCAUUCAACUCAACGGCCGCCUCAACAAGACCGGUGUCAUCUCUCCCCGCUACAACGUCCAACUUCGUGAUCUUGAGAAGUGGGUCGUCAAGCUGUUGCCUUCUCGUCAAUUCGGCUACAUCGUCCUGACGACCAGUGCUGGUAUCAUGGACCACGAAGAGGCCCGACGAAAGCACGUUGCAGGAAAGGUCAUUGGAUUUUUCUACUAGACGUUUCAUUUCAGAAAUGUUCUGCAUGACGGCAUGAUCGUGGGAAUGAGAUACCCAAAAAGUUUGACCUGAUAUUCAAGCACUUUCCGUGGGCAUUGGGCGCGACCUCAAACUACAUAGCACACAGAACUUGUCAAUCCUAAAGAAUCUGUCACAAUCUAUUU